UUGGUCUUCUCCGCAACUAAAACUCUGCUUCAUCUCCCAGUCAGUGAACUCGCUUCCCACUGACAAGUCUCUGAAAUCUCGUUCCGUACACUUGUUAGACUUUCUUCUUCUUCCUUCUUUUUCAUCAUCAUCUUCUUCAGAUAUUUCUGAUUUUUACUUCCGAUGUUUUUGGGUCCAUUUAAGAGGGUAUUAAGGACUUGUUUUUCUAGGUUUGAUAUGAAAAUCUUAGAAAUUUUUUGUUUUGGAAACUUCUUAAUUUUUUAGUUGUAUUCCAGGAAAGUUCUGUACAAGCAGGUUAAUCACUUGCCUUUCUUCGCUCGUUUCAGGCCCCUUUUAAAGCUCUGUCACAGAGUUAGAGAAAUUCAUUCGAUUCUGUUUUUCAGUCUUAAAUCUUCCUGGGUUUUAACUUUUUAGAUUCAUUUCUGUUUUCUCGCCCUUUCUUUUCUUUCUUUCGAUGCCGUCAGGAGAAUCUGUGAGAAAAAAUUUUCAGAGCAUCAAAAUGGACCAAAGAGCUAUGACUAUGAGUUUUCCAUGUCCUGUUAAAUACACUGAACACCGAAACGUUACCAAGAAGUUCACUAAACCAGCCUCUUCAAACCCCAGAAACGGAUUUUCCGAUGAUCGCAAUCUCCCGGAAAACAGCCCUGUUUCAGUGAUCCCCAGAGUCGUACGGGUAUCUCUGACCGACGGCGACGCCACGGACUCUUCCAGUGAUGAAGAACGAGAGUUGUUUGGCCGCCAGCGGGUGAAACGCUUUGUGAAUGAGAUCAAAAUCGAGCCGAGUAGCAGUAAGCCCAGUAACGUUACUGCCACUGCAAGCAAGCGGAAGAGAGCCGCUGACGGUGUGGAUUGCAGAAGACGUUCGACAAAUAACGGAAAGAAGUAUCGCGGUGUUCGGCAACGGCCUUGGGGAAAAUGGGCGGCUGAGAUUCGAGAUCCUGCAAGACGUGUACGGGUAUGGUUGGGUACUUUUGAUACAGCUGAAGAAGCUGCAAGGGUUUAUGAUAUUGAAGCCAUCAAGCUAAGAGGCCCGGACGCUUUCACAAAUUUCCCCACACCGCCAGUUCAAAAACCCGAAAUCAAUAUUUCGUCUGCAGUUUCGGGUUUCGAAUCGGGUGAUGAGUCUCAUGGUCACAAUCUUUCAUCUCCAACUUCUGUUCUCAUUUUCAGAACUCAUUCUUCUUUUUCUGAAGAACUCGAACAACUGGAACAAAAACCCGAAGAAGAAGGUACGAUGGUGGAGUUUCAAGGUGAAACGACGACGGAUUUGUGUAAAGAAUCAGCUGGUUUCUUUGACGAUUUCCCUUUCCCAAUCAACGAGUUUUUCAGCGAUUUUCCAGCUCCCGAACUGUCCUUUUUGGCAGACAACAACGUCCCGAUUUUUCACCACAGUAUGUUCAACGACGAUUCGAAUGACGUGUUUCUCCAAACAGUACCUCAAGAUUUUGCUUCCUCUUCUCCGUCGUCUCCAUGCCGAGUAGAUGACUAUUUCCAAGACAUCGACGAUUUCUUCUUGUGAGAGUAAAAUAAAAUGAAGACAGUGUCAGUGAGUGUCAUCGCCGUUUUGCUCGCCGGUUUCUCGGCAGAUUUUGACCGGCGAUGACUGAAUAUCUGCCAGUUCUGUUGCAGUAGUAUUUUUUAUUUUUUUAUUAAUUUCCUAAAAGCCUCCGUUACAUGUAACGGAGUUUAGGGCCUUAAGAGUUGAAUGGAAUUUUGUCAUACAGUGAUGUAACGAGAGUAACGCUCAAAUCACUUUUUAACACAUUAUCAUAAGUCUAUAAUUAUUAUUUUGUGAAUAUUCAAGGAACAUAUUAUUUUGACUUUUAA